UUUACUAACAACGCCAACUGAAAACUGUGGCUGGUGUUCGUAUUGGGGAUGAUGAUUUAAUUACUGCAACAAAUAUUCUUCAUGCAUUCUAUCCAAGCAUUUGUAUGGUAAUUCUGGAAAUGUUUCUCGGCAACGACCAGAAGAUGGUGAAGGUGGAAACUCUGAUAGUGACAUAGUGUUCUGGGAUAAUGAUGUCCGUGGUGCCUAAAAAAAUAGUAACCAGGACUUCAUGGACCUUCUAUUUCAUUUUAUCUCUGAGGGAACUGGUUGCUGGAGUUGCCCAGACCCAUAUGAGGAAUGGUAAGAUGACGUAAGUUUUAUGGCGGCACCGACAUCUAACCAUUCCUCUGGCUAUGACGGAGGAAUAUUGAAGGAAGAAAAUAAUGACGUGUAAAAAGCUGAUGUGGAAUUUUAUUACAGUGAAUUUAUCUUUAUUUUGUAAUAAAGUUUAAAAGUACUCUUAUAAAGGAAUUAAGAUUUAGAAAUAUACUAGUUUAGAAGAAAACUCCUGAUCCCGUACCUGCACAGCGACUGUCACCUACAUACUCUAUCAAUGAAAAUGGGACAACGCAUCAACACGCGCCUCCAUGUAACUGAAACUGAUAACAGAAAACGAAAUAAACGGUUUCAUGGUUGGUUGAGCAGUUAAAAAUAGAAAAAAGGUUUUAGGCCGUUCUUGAUCUUCUUUUACUAUAAACCCUAAUCCCAUUUGCAGUAUUUUUUUUCUUUAUCGAAGCUCCAUUAAUUGGUUUCCAGUUUCCGGUUUCCACUCGAUCCAUUUUGUUUUCCACAAUGCAAGAAGAUAACGAAGAUAACUAUUCUGGUACCUGGGAAUAUGUGAACAAAAGGCUGAUAUGGAUGCAAAGGAAGAAGAAGAAGCAGUUUUCACUCUCCCAUCUCCACCUACAACAAGCAACGCCGUCAACUCCUCCUCGGCUAGACCGAAUCAGUGAAUUACCUGAUCACCUCCUUUACCACAUUCUGUCCUUGAUGCCAAUGCAAAUGGCUAUCCAAACUAUCGUCUUAUCAACAAGGUGGCGCCAUCUCUGGAAACACACGCACGUUGUCCAUUUCCACACUUUACCUCUCUCUUUUUGGGAGAGUGUUGACUACGCUCCCAUUAGCCGCUCCUUGAACCUCAUUGAAUCUCCUACUAUCGAAUCAUAUACCGUUUCAGUGGCUACUCCUUCCGUCAUUCGCUCCUUCAAUACCAACUCUCAGGUCACCAACUUCAACAACGAGGAUCGCUCGGUCGACGUUGAGCGCCGCUCUGAUCGUUUCGUCUCUCGCUGCCGGGGCACCUCCCCCCGUUUCUUCUCUGGUAGUUCUUUUCUUAGUCCCCUUUCCCUUUCUUUUACGUUAGGAACAUAACAUUUGAUUGCUUGAGGUUGAAUGUUUUUCAAUUUUGUUUUAUCAUUUAGGUUUAGAUUUAAAGUUGAAAAUUUGUUCCCGCUAGUGAGAUUCCAAUGUUUUACAGCACAGAAUUGAAUGAUCAAUUACUAUUUUUGGGAGUGCGUAUGUAUUUGAUCCAUUUUCUCCAACAAGAAGGCUA